AUGCCAGCUGAUAUUUUGGAGAAAACAUCCCCAUCCUCUGUCGCAGCCACCCCGUCGAGGGUCAGUGGAACUCCGGAUAAACCAAGGACUGCCUCAGAGCACAGAAAGUCCUCAAAGCCAAUUAUGGAGAAGAGAAGACGUGCGCGAAUCAAUGACAGCCUUGGUCAGCUAAAGACCCUCAUCUUGGAUGCACUAAAAAAAGAUAGCUCGAGACAUUCGAAGCUCGAGAAGGCGGACAUCCUUGAGAUGACUGUGAAGCACCUUAGGAAUAUGCAGCGUCUCCAAAUGGCUGCAGCUAUAAGCAGGGAUCCAUCAGUCUUUGGCAAGUACAGAGCGGGAUUCAGCGAAUGCAUGAGUGAAGUCACCCGUUUUCUGUCCACGUGUGGAGGGGUGAACACGGAGAUCAGGUCUCGACUUCUCAGCCACUUAGCCGGCUGUGUGUCACAGAUAAACACCGUAAACUUCUCAACUCAAUGCCAGAUCCCCACCUACCCUCCGCAUCCAGCGCAUCCAUUGCUUGCCCAAGCCAUUGCGCAAAUCCCAAGUGCAUCUCCUCAGUUAAAUGGAAUAAUGCCUUGCAAAAGUGGCUCGCCUAUCAACCUCACAUCAGAAAUGGCUAAAUUAUACAGUGGACUUCAGAUUGUGCCGGCGGCGACAGAUGGACAAUUCGCCAUUCUGAUUCCAAGCGUGGCUCUUACACAUAUGAGCGCGCCAAACGCGAUACAUGGCAAUCCAGCACUUGCGGUGCCUGUGUCACCUGUUGCGCCUCCCGUCACCGCAGACUCCGUGUGGAGGCCAUGGUAG